AUGAAUCCACUUGAGUUUGAUGGUUCUAAAGUCAAUGAGGACCCUAUAGAGUUUAUCGAUGAGGUCUACCAGAUUGUGGCUAUUAUGGGUAUUCCUCCAAAUGAAAAGGCCGAGCUAGCGGCCUAUCAACUCAAGGGUAUGGAAAGAGUUUGGUAUGAGAAAUUAGUCAUUGAGAGAGGUGAAGAUAUGGGGUUGACUGAAUGGAAAAAGUUCAAAUAUGUCUUUCUAGACCACUUUUUUUCAUUGGAGCUAGGAGGCCAUGAUCUAAGAGUUUAUCAACCUUUACCAAGGGAUUAUGAGUGUGGGGGAUUCUACAAAGACAAUGGUGCUAACCUAAUGGCCCUAAGAGAGAAUGUUGGUGAUCAAGCUUUCCUCGCUUGUAGAAAGUGUGGGAGGACUCAAAAAGAGGAGUGCUUAGCCAGCUCCAAUGCAUGCUUCAAAUAUGGAAAGUUGCGUCACCAUGCUAGAGAUUGUAGAGGUGGUGGUUGGCCUCAGAGCCAAAUUACUAACAGUCAACAAGCUCAAGGAGGUGGCCAAUGCACCAACCGCUUCUAUGUUUUGUAUGAGAGGCAAGAGGUUGAGGAAGCACCAAAUGUGGUAACCGAUGUAUUAAAGAUGGAUAGCACGCAAGGUAAGGCCAUCGGGGGUGAUGCUCCCGGGCCCGUAGACAGAACCCUAGUAAGGGGAAGAGGCUUACCUAGAGGUCGUGUGAGAAAUAAUACACUGGUCCGUUAUAGAGAUGAGGCUCCUGAACCUGAUGAGAAGCCACAUACAAAUUAUGUACCUCUAUAG